AUGAAAACCCCAAUUGCGUCCCUCCUCCUCACAAUGGUGGCCUCUUUAUUAGUAGACAAUUCAACGGAAGCUCUGUCAUCAUCAACUUCUUCUUCUUCUUGCCCCGCACCAUUGGCUGGAAUUCUCUUUGAUAUUGAUGGCACGUUGAUCCAUUCGGACCCGAUCCAUCUAAUUGUCUUUCAAGAAUUACUCCUAAACGAAAAGGGAUUCAACAAUGAUCAACCGAUUGAUGAAGCCUUCUUUCGAAAACAUAUUGCUGGCCGACAGAAUGCCUUGAUCAUGGCGGAAUUUUUCCCAGAUUGGUCUUCGGAUCAACGAGUGACAUGGUCCGAAAUGAAAGAAGCGCGAUUUCGAGAAUUGGCGGCCUCGGAAAUGAUGGAACGCAAAAUGCCAGGGUUGGAUAAGCUACGAUCAUGGAUAGAAGAAAUUAAGUUGCCGAGGGCCGCCGUGACCAAUGCACCUCGAUUGAAUGCAGAGGCCAUGAUUGGAGGGAUUCAGUAUAAUGACGACUUCUUUCAAACUCUAAUCAUUGGAGAUGAAUGCGAAAAGCCAAAGCCAGAUCCCUGCCCUUACUUGACAGCUUGUAAACAUUUGAACCUGGAUUGUUCCCAAUGCAUUGUAUUUGAAGACUCUCCCUCUGGCGCUCGUGCAGGAGUUGCUGCUGGGGCCUAUGUCAUUGGCAUUUUGUCAGGCCAGGAUGAAAAGACGCUACUUGAAGCGGGAUGUUCCAUGGUCAUCAAAGAUUAUACGGAUGCGAAACUAUGGGAUUAUUUGACCUCCAGGACAGAGAUAUAG